GGAUAUUUUCAUUAGUUGACCUCUUGACUGAUCACCAUCUCUCACCAAACUCCGUCGCCCGCCUACCCGCCCUAUUUCCAUGAUUCUUACUUUGCUAAUAUAUUAUCUGUCUCGUCCUUCUUUCUCUAUUUUAACGAAACUAUCUCUUUAUAAACAAAAAUCCUCUCCCUUGAAAACUGAUUAUUGUCCCCUCUCUCUCUUCCUUUCUCUUCUGUAAUUUGAGCUACGAAAAAAAAUGGCUGAAUCGGUGGAGUUGCCAAGUCGGUUAGCGAUCCUUCCGUUUAGAAACAAGGUUCUUUUACCUGGCGCCAUAAUUCGCAUUCGCUGUACUUCUCCCAGCAGUGUGAAAUUGGUAGAGCAAGAGCUUUGGCAGAGAGAAGAGAAGGGGUUGAUUGGUAUUUUGCCAGUCAGGGAUGCUGCCGCUGCUUCCUCGUCGGAGACAGCAUCUGUGGGCCCAACGUUAUCCCAAGGGAAAUAUGAUUUGUUUAGGUGUUGGUAGUGAUUCCAGCGAGAGAAGCUCGAAAACUCAAGCCAGUACCUCGUCGGAUAAUGUCAAGCUUGAUGGGAAACACCAACAGGAAGUUUUUCACUGGCAUAAUAGGGGAGUGGCGGCUCGUGCUUUGCAUCUUUCUAGAGGAGUGGAGAAACCUAGUGGGAGGGUGACGUACAUAGUUGUUCUUGAAGGCUUGUGCAGAUUCAACCUCAAUGAACUUAUUACGAGAGGAACUUAUUAUACUGCACGGAUAUCUCCACUUGAAAUGACAAAUGCUGAGCUGGAGCAAGUGGAUCAAGAUCCUGAUUUUAUAGCACUGUCUCGCCAGUUCAAAGCAACUGCAAUGGAGCUGAUUUCUGUUCUUGAGCAGAAACAAAAAACUGGUGGGAGGACAAAAGUCCUUCUGGAGACAGUUCCUGUUCACAAAUUAGCAGAUAUAUUUGUUGCUAGCUUCGAGAUAAGUUUUGAAGAGCAGCUAUCUAUGCUGGAUUCAGUUGAUCUAAAAGUAAGACUGUCAAAAGCUACUGAGCUGGUUGAUCGACAUUUACAGUCAAUACGUGUGGCAGAGAAGAUCACGCAAAAGGUUGAAGGACAAUUGUCAAAAUCACAGAAAGAGUUCCUUCUGCGUCAGCAGAUGAGGGCUAUAAAAGAGGAGCUUGGUGACAACGAUGAUGAUGAGGAUGAUGUAGCUGCCCUAGAAAGGAAGAUGCAAAGUGCAGGAAUGCCUUCAAAUAUCUGGAAGCAUGCCCAAAGGGAGUUGAGGAGGCUUAAGAAAAUGCAACCUCAGCAACCUGGAUACAAUAGUUCACGCGUUUACUUGGAGCUUCUUGCUGACCUGCCCUGGCAGACAGUGAGUGAAGAACAUGAAUUGGAUCUAAAAGCUGCAAAAGAACGUCUUGAUAAUGACCACUACGGUCUAGUCAAAAUCAAGCAACGUAUUAUUGAAUAUCUAGCUGUUCGCAAGCUUAAACCAGAUGCAAGAGGUCCAGUUUUGUGCUUUGUUGGUCCACCAGGUGUUGGAAAGACAUCUCUGGCUUCGUCUAUUGCUGCUGCCUUGGGCAGAAAAUUUGUUCGUAUAUCCCUUGGUGGCAUUAAGGAUGAGGCUGAUAUUAGAGGGCACAGGAGAACAUACAUCGGAAGCAUGCCGGGGCGUCUUAUAGAUGGAAUAAAGAGAGUGGGUGUUUGCAAUCCUGUGAUGCUGCUGGAUGAGAUUGACAAGACAGGUUCUGAUGUGCGUGGGGAUCCAGCUGCAGCUCUGCUGGAGGUUCUUGAUCCUGAACAGAAUAACACAUUCAAUGAUCACUAUCUGAAUGUUCCAUUUGACCUUUCAAAGGUGAUUUUUGUGACAACUGCAAAUAGGAUGCAGCCUAUUCCUCCACCGCUCUUAGACAGGAUGGAAGUCAUUGAGCUGCCUGGAUACACACCUGAAGAAAAGCUUAGAAUAGCAAUGCAGUAUUUGAUUCCAAGAGUUUUGGAUCAACACGGGCUGAGCUCUGAGUUCCUUCAAAUUCCAGAGGGUAUGGUGAAACUUGUCAUUCAGAGAUACACAAGGGAGGCAGGUGUACGCAAUUUGGAGAGGAACUUGGCUGCCUUGGCUCGUGCUGCAGCUGUGAGAGUUGCAGAGCAAGAACAAGCUGUCCCGUUGAGCAAAGAUAUGCAUCAGCUUGCUUCACCAUUGCUGGAUAACAGACUCGCUGAGGGAGCUGAAGUGGAAAUGGAAGUUAUACCAAUGAAUGAAAACAGUCAUGAGAUAUCAAACACAUUCAGCAUCACCUCGCCUUUGGUUGUGGAUGAGCCUAUGCUGGAGAAAGUACUUGGGCCUCCACGUUUUGAUGACAAAGAAGCUGCAGAGCGUGUUGCAUCCCCAGGGAUAUCAGUUGGGCUUGUCUGGACUGCCUUUGGUGGAGAGGUUCAGUUUGUGGAGGCUACAGCAACGGCUGGAAAGGGUGAAUUACAUCUUACUGGACAACUUGGUGAUGUAAUUAAAGAAUCAGCACAAAUAGCACUGACAUGGGUACGAGCAAGGGCAACUGAUCUUAAGUUGGCAGCUGCUAAUGAAACCAAUUUCCUUAAGGAUCGAGAUAUUCAUAUACAUUUCCCUGCUGGUGCGGUACCGAAGGAUGGACCCUCAGCUGGUGUGACAUUGGUAACAGCUCUGGUUUCACUGUUUAGUCAGAAAAGAGUAAGAGCAGAUACAGCUAUGACUGGGGAGAUGACUUUGAGGGGCCUUGUACUUCCUGUUGGCGGUAUCAAGGAUAAGAUAUUGGCAGCACAUCGCUAUGGCAUCAAGAGAGUGAUUCUGCCAGAGAGAAAUUUGAAGGAUUUGGUUGAAGUACCGGCAGCUGUGCUUGGCAGUCUUGAGAUUUUACCAGCUAAGCAAAUGGAAGACGUAUUGGAGCAAGCAUUUGAAGGUGGUUGUCCGUGGAGACAACACUCAAAAUUAUGACAACCCCCUAGGCAUGUAUCUAAGCAAUCCCUGGUGACGUGGUCGUCUGGCUUGUCCCACAUCCAAUUGCAGACAGAGUUCACAUUUAUUCCGCUGCUGCCAUCGUAAUCGGAGAUCAAAAGGAAUGCUAUAAGUCCUACUGGUCAGCGCUCUAAGAAGGAAAAAGGCAAGUUCAAUUGCUGGGACCUUAACACUUGUAAUCUUUGAGAAAAGUUUUCAUGAAUCCAGUCCUUUUUCCCCUUUCACGUGGCUGUAUUCAUAGCGGGUAAGCCACCGCUUUCCUAUUAUUUCCGCACCCUUCCAUGUUUCUUCUGUCUGAUUAUAAAAAUUGUGUACAAGUUAUUUAUAUAAUGGAGCCAGGCAACGCCAGAUAUUUAAUUAAA